UCCCCUCCUCCCCUCAGCCUCAAUCAUCCAGACACAGACGCAUGCAUGCUCACGCAGAAUCGCGCGCAGCAGGCGGAUGCGCGCAUACACACUCUCUUCCUCACACACACACCUACACACACACACACAUACUCACACACCCUUCCUGGAGGUGCUGGGAGCAGCUGCAGCAUUAGCGUUGAAAGAGAUUUGCCGUUGACUGGAGUUUGCGUCCCCCCCUCCCUCCUCUCACCCUCUCUCUCUCUCUCUCGCUCCCUCCUCCCUCCCUCACUCCCUCCCCCCGUUAAUGAAUGGAUGCUACGGCGACGAGCGCAGGAGCUGGUUCCGUUGGAUUGCGGGAAACGGUGGAUAUCUACUCUUGAAUUAAUUGAUUUAUUUAUCUCUUUCUAUGCUCUCCAUUUUUUCCACCACCCCACCCUCCGCUGGCGUGCUGUUGUCGAAAGGACGAGGGGGUCUUCUCGUGCCUGAUCGGAUAAAGAUGGAGGUGAACGUGGCGUCUCCGGUGCUCGGCAUACUACGGAGGUUUCACAGCCCGCUGGGCUGAAUGGAGCGUUUAUUUCUGGCUUCUUUUUCUCCUUGUGUUUUUUCUCUGAGCGGGCUCUUUUGUUUUACGGUGAGCGGCCGAGCACUCCUGUGGUGAAUUGAGCUAUUGUCGAGGACUGGGCCUCUUCAAGCUUUUUGCAUCUUUUGACCAUCCAUCCCUCCCUCCCUCCAUCCAUCCAUCCAUCCUUCCCCUCCCUGCCUCCAGCCGACACCUUCUACCCCCCCUCCCCCCAAAAAAGGAACGAGAGCACCGCUGAAACCUCUCCCCACCGUCCCUCCUCGCUUUCCAAUGCCCCAUUUCCCUCAUCUCUACCCCUGCCCCACCACCACCUCCUCCCUCCCGCUCCCUCCUCCCACAUCAGAGUGGCUACGUAAUGUGCCUCCCUACGCAUGCAAAUGGGGAUGCUACAAAUGGUGGCUGAUGUCGAUGAAAGGGUGAUGCCUCGCGCAAUCACCUGCACCUCCGCCGCUCCAGAUCAGCCGUGGAGAGCCCAGCCGCCGGUGACAGCCGCCCGCAGCGCCAACACGUUUGUCGUUCGUAGCUUGGAUGUAAAUGAGACGCGUGAAUGUGCGUAAAGGUGCACACUGGUUCGUGCCAUGUCUGGUGUGUGAUCGCUCUAGCGGGACGUUCUCACUGAUGCGGGGGAGGCACUGAGCCUGAGGUUGGUCGACCUCCCCCUUCCUCCCUCCCCUCCCCUCCUCCUCCUCCCCCCUCCUCCCCUACUUUUUUUUUUUAUCCCAGAAGCCCCCGGGGUGUGUGUGUGUGUGAAGGCCACCUGGUUAAAAAAAAAAAGAGAGAAAAAAAAGGGGUUCACGAUGAAGAAGAACCGCAGCGGGAAUCUGCGGCGGGCCUGGCCCAGCUCGGAGCUCGCCGAGCGGCCGCUGGAGCACAAUCUCUCCCGUAGCGAGAAAGACAUCCGUGUGCAGAAGCAGCAGCAUCUUCCUCCUCCUCCUCAUUUCUCUCCGUCCCCGCCAAGUUAUCGUGCGCCAGGUGACGUGUCUCCGAUCAGUAUGUCACCUAUCAGCCAGUCACAGUUCAUCCCGCUGGGGGAGAUCUUGUGCUUGGCCAUCUCUGCUAUGAACUCUGCCCACAAGCCUGUCAACCAGGAGGCACUGGUGGAGCACCUCACUGCCAGCUUCCCAGGCGUGCCUACACCCAGCUCAGAGGUUCUGCGACAUACCCUGAACAUGUUGGUGCGAGAGAGGAAGAUCUACCCAACUCCAGAGGGCUACUUCAUUGUCACUCCCCAGACCUACUUUAUCACUCCUUCCCUCAUCAGGACAAACAACAAGUGGUAUCACCUGGAUGAUCGGCUGCCGGAGCGCCAGCAGCAACAGCAACAACAGCAGCAGCAGCAACCUCAGCAUUGCACUUCACCUCAGUCUGCCAACGUCCCAUCAUCAACACCCGGUUGCCUGAGAGAAAGGCCUCCUCGCAAGAAUCACAGUGACUCAUACAAUUCCUAUCGCGAAGACCCGGCCAGACUUCAUGCCACUGCGCACCAAAGUAAGUCACCGAAGGAGCACAGGGGAGAUUCCUAUCAAAGCAAGCCACCCAAGGAUCACAAUGGCGGGGAUCCUCUACCAAGCACGUCAGCCAAGGAGCACCGAGGAGAGCCGCCAUCAUACCCCUAUCCCCCGGCUCCCACCUCCCCUCCUGCCCAGCAACCGCCGCCCCAAGAGCCAGCUGAUAAGAGCAAAAGCAUCACUUCUUUCCCUUAUAAAACUGACACUCUGACCAAAAAGAAAGAAGGAAGUGGUGGUGGCGGAAGUAGCGAGAAGCAAUCCAAAAGGUUUGGACUCCGGCUGUUCAGGCUGAGUUUCAAGAAGGACAAAAUGAGGCAGCUGGCCACCUUCUCAGCUCAGUUCCCCCCAGAGGAGUGGCCUCUUCGUGACGAGGACGUGCCAACAACGCCCAUUCCCCGUGAGGUGGAGAUGGAGAUAAUUCGCAGAAUCAACCCGGACCUAACAGUGGAGAAUGUUGCGAGGCACACGGCUGUGAUGAAGAGGCUGGAGGAAGAGCGAACACAGAAGAACAAGGCCGGGUCUUCGGCCCAGCACAGCGCUCGCAGCAGAAGAGGCAGAGGCCACCGGAGGGCUCCACAUGGUAAGUCCCGCUCUCACAGCAAACCCCGAACCUCCAGGGGAGAUCCGUCUGAGGGUUCAAACUGGGAUCUAGUGUUCAUGGAAAGGGAUUACCGCUUCUUUAGUCACUCAUUAGUUCGCUCGCCUCGGGAGGCCAUGUACACCUUGGAGCGCAGACGCAGUGGAGGCGCAACAUACCUGGUCCACAGCAACCCCAACAUUACUGAAUCAUACUGCCCUGUUACCCCUGAGUGGGACGUCUCUGGGGAGCUAGCAAAGAGACGGACGGAGAUGCCCUUCCCCGAACCCUCACGUGGAACAUGCCAGUCUAGAGUGCAAAGAAGUCACAGUCACAAUCAGGACAGGAAGUCACGUCACGAGAGGUCAGAUCAAGCUAAGGAACGAUCUCGGUCCAUGGACAACUCUCUCAAAGGUCCGUCACUGGGCGCGCCAGAAGACUUUGAACCCAGACUGGAGGAGCGUAGUCAUUACUACACUGAUGAUGGCACUCUGCGGGCCACGCAGAAGUCCUCCCACUACUCAAGGAUCAUGUUCUCUGCUGCUAAGUUCCACUCUGAUUUUAAUGUGCCUGAUUUGGGGAAAGGGAGUUUGGAUGAGUCAAGGAUCCGGAGUACGAUGGAGAGGAACAAAAGCAGAGACAGCUUGCCAACGUACAAUGAGCUAAUGGGACUAUCUCCUAAGCCCUCAACAGAUGAGUACUUCCAGUGCAAUACAUCAAAUGAAACAAUCCUAACUGCCCCUUCGCCUCAGGCAAAAUCAGAAUAUGACACAUUAACCUCAUCAGGGGGACUCCGAAAGGGCUCUCCGGCUGACCGCCAAACGCCUCACCUCACCUCUCCUCACACGAUGGAGUACAAAGAGGACUUGUCAACAGCAAAGGGACAGAACGGCUCAGCGCGACUGACGCCAAGCCAGACGCCGGAGCCGGCGCAAAAUGCCCGUUUGACGCCACACCAACACAAUGUAGAUCCAGGAGGGGGAGGAGGUGGUAUAGUGAUCAAGAGGAAAGAGAUCUUCAGCAAGGACACUUUGUUCAAACCUCCACACAAUGCCUUGUCCACUGGCUACGUGGACAGCAGCUACACCAAGUCUGGCACAUUGCGGAAAGCCUCACAUGCCAAAUCAACAGAGGCCCUAGACAAUCCUGAGCCCCAGCAGCCUUCCAAUUCAGCCACUCCCUCAGCGUCACCUGCAGUUUUACAGGGCUGUUUAGAGCCAACAGUCCCCUCCGCCUCCUUUGACUAUUAUAAUGUAUCAGAUGAUGAGGAAGAGGAAGAGGCAGAGGAGGACUCGCACAAAGAGUUGGCGACAGCAGAGGACAGCAAAGACCAUGGGGAAGGGGGUGGUAACGGUGGAGGCGGUGGUGGUGGUGGGGAGGGAACCAUGCAGUGGCUCCUGGAACGGGAGAAGGACCACGAUCUGCAGCGGAAACUGGAGACCAAUCUGACCUUACUCAGCCCCAAGGAGACAGAGAACAGCAGCAGCCAGAAGUCGGCCCACUCUGCCCGUUUGGACAGCAUGGACAGCAGCAGUGUCACGGUGGACAGUGGAUUCAAUUCCCCCAGGACACGUGAAAGCCUUGCAUCCAACACAUCCAGCAUAGUGGAAAGCAAUAGACGGCAAAAUCCAGCGCUGAGCCCCGGCCACAUUGGCUCCAGUAGUAUCGGACUGCCAUUCAGCUUUCGCGCCAUCCCAGAGCCCCCCACCACACAGCCUGAGAAACUCCAGAAGUCAUCGAACUGCCUGGCCUCCAUCACCAGCGUCUGACAGGCAGCACAGACUGAGACGGUGAAGGUGGUGGAGGCGAGAAGGAAGUGAGGGGGUUUCACCAUUUUCACCCUCGCUUUCCUCUACCGAUACACAUGAACACUCACGUACAUCUUCAGACUCCUGAGAAUCCAUUUACUGGGACUGUUAUAAAAACAGGCAUGGCUUCAAGAGACUGUUCCCACAGCUUCAAGAACUUAACUGCAAAAAAGAGAAGAAAAACUACAGAAUAUCCAGACCACUGUAGGUAAAGAAACCUACCCGAAGUACUUUGAUUUUGGUGACAUGGACUCUAGUUUGGCUUAUAUCAAGAUUCUUGAUUAUUGGUAUUGGAAAGUAGUAGACUAUAGGAUUCAAGUUACAUUUGGAAAUAUCAAAAAACUUUUUUUAUAUUGCUUAACAAUACAUGUCCAAUUAAAUGUUCUCUUUCCUGAAAUAGCGUCAAGUUCUUCAGGACGAUUUAAUGUAUCAGCACAAUGUCAAGAUAAUAAAAGUUGAUCCUGAGAACAACGAAUGAAAGAUAUAAAAACAUAAAUCAGCUCAGAUUUGUGUACCGCAAUGCAAAUGAUGUAUGUAUACUCAAUACUUUUGAUAUCCUAAUUAUUAUAAUGGUGGUAUUAAAGAUGCUAUGUGACCAAAAUGUUUGGACAAAAUGAGCCAUACAUCAACACCCGCAUGGACAUCAUUAUGGUGAAUUUCACGUCUCGACUCCUAAAACCAGUGGAGACAUGGUGCAUUUUGGGAACUGUAGGCGGAAUUAGUGGACUGCAGCAAAUUUGAGUGUUUAAAAGAAGCUCAAAUGUCUAGUUUUUUAAAAUUUUAUUGGUAACGCAAAUUUAUUUACCUGAUUAGUCAAUUCUAGAGUGGGAGUCACAUUUGAAAUAUGAUUCCAUCAUGAUGAGCCUCAACACCCGUAUGGACAGAACAAAACACCACAAAUCAGUUUCACUACAGGGCACAUCUGUCUGAUCUGGAGCUUUAGAUCGUUUCACAUGAUCAUCCUCAGCAGAAGAUUAAUUUGUCCAUCUAUGUUUUGUUAACAGCUGUUUCGUGGGAAAGUUAAAUAUUAGCUUUCAGUCUGAUGACAGGUAUUAGCUGAAAUCAGAGGAAGUUAAAUGCAAACAAAUUAUCAUAGGCGAUCCUGAUGUCAAUAGUUCUGGUUUAUAUUUCUCUUCAUCCUGAGUUUCACAUGUCAACUCCUCAAAACAGUGGAGACAUGGUGCAUUUUGGGAACUGUAGGCAGAAUAAGUGGCCUGUAGAAAUAUUGGGUGUUUAAACAACAGCCCCAACAACAAUUUUCUGUUUUUUGGUAAUAGCUUCCUCUGAAAUCCCCGGAUUUAUUUACCUGAUCAGUCAAUUCUAGGGUGGGAGUCACAUUUGAAACCACAAUAUAAUUCUACCAUGAUGAGCCACACCUCAAAACCCUCCUGUACAUUACAAAACAUCACAAGUUUCACUUAGGGUCCAUCUGUUGUCUGAUCCAGAGCUUUUGAUCGUUCCAUAUGAUCUUCUUCAGCAGAUGAUGAAUUCGUCCAUCUAUGUUUUGUUAACUUCCGUUUCGGAGGAAAGCUAAAUGUUAGCUUUCAGUGUUAUGACAGGUAUUAGCUGAAAUCAGAGGAAAUUAAAUGUAAACAGUUGUGAGGUUCUUGAAUUAUCAUAGGCGAUGCUGAUGUCAAAAGUUUCGGUUUAUAUUCCAUUUUUCAUCCUGAAUUUCACAUCUCAACUCUUCAAAACAGUGGAGACAUGGUGCAUUUUGCGAACUGUAGGCAGAAUUAGUCAAUUCUAGGGUGGGAAUCACAUUUGAAACCACAAUAUAGUUCUAUCACGAUGAACCGCACCUCAACACCUGCAUGGACAUUAUGAAACAUCACAAUUUCACUACUGUUGUCUGAUCUGGAGCUUUUGAUAGUUUCAGACGAUCGUCCUCAGCAGAUGAGGAAUUUGUUCAUCUAUGUUUUGUUUACUCCUGUUUCAGGGGAAAGUUAAAUAUUAACAUAUUAAUUAAUAUUUUCAGUCUUUCCAUAGGUGUUAGUUUAAAUCAGAGGAAUUUAACUGUGAGCAAUCGUAAGGUUUGUCAAGUCUCAAAGGUGGUGCUGAUGUCAAAGUUUGGGUUUAUAUUUUAUCCUGAAUAUCACAUCUCAACUCUUCAAAACAGUGCAGACACGGUGCAUUUUGGGAACUUCAAUUGUCUGUUUCAUGGAUAACAAUUGAAAUCUCUGGAUUUAUUUACCUGAUUAGUCAACUCUAAGGUGUGAAUCGUAGAUGAAACCACAAUAUGAUUCUACCACGAUAUGCUGUUAGCAAUAGAGUAACGAUACAGCAAUUCUGCAAACACUGCAAGACAAUCACUUAACCGAGGAAGAAAAAAUACCCCGAAAAAAGGCAAAAAAGCAGAAAUUAUGUAUUUAUUCACCGCAUUGUGUUGUCAUUGUGUGUGCGUAUUAUCAUUUUUAUUCAGUUCUAACAAUGUGUUAGCGCUCUGGUUUGCUUUGGUUAGUAUAUUUCACUCUACUUUCAAGUGCCACCACAUGGAGACAUGAAGUAGGGACUCUGGUCAGUGAGGGGAAUCCUGUUGGAGCGGCUGCACGUUUUAUAAAAAUAGCAAUAUCUGGUACUAGAGUAGUGAUAAAGUGUCAUACAGCUUUGGAAUAAUUACUGGAUCUUCUGUGUUUUCCUCUUAAAGCCAUAAUGGAUGUUGUUGUACUGAUUCCAAGCCAGUUAGCAACAAUUCAGUGUUCCCCUUCAUUCAAUUUGAAGACGGCUUUCUUCGUCAUCUCAUGCAUCUCCUCUUUUACAUUUUGUUGAGUGAUGAUUUAGUUUGGAUUAUCUGCUGACUUAAAAGAAUAAUCUUGCAUUUUCAAAAUGUGCUGCACGCAGUAAAUUUAAAACAAUUUAUUGCAUGUAGGAAAUUAUAAGACUUUAUUUUAAUCACUCUGAUCACAUUCUAAUAGAAUUAUCAUUGUUGAAGGCCAGAAAAGAAAACAAAGUGAUUUAAUAAUUAUUUCCAAAGCUACCAGAGGACGUUAUAUGAUAUAUUGCCGUAUUGAAAUUUUGUCCCACUCCUAAUCAGUUCAUAUCAAAUUCAACAACUGAGGUACUAUUUUGUAAAGUUUAUUAUUUUGUAGCAUCACUGUUUGCCUUUUUUUAGUUGGUCACAUUCUGCAGACUGAAUAAUUAGUAAAGAGAACAAUCAGAGAAUAAAUCAAUCAUAUUUAGUGUUA